AUGAUAAUAGCAGCCACAAGAAAUCAAUCACAAUCAUCCUCAUCCACAACACCGGGAACAUUCCAAUAUAUUUCCCAAGAUGAACUUCUCAGUCUAUACGAACAACGAAAGGGAACACAAUACUUUAUACCUGAAGGAUUUGAACCAGUGCUAAUACCACUUGCCAAGAAUGAAGGCAUAACCAACAACGAAGUAUCCAAACAAGUUGGAGAAAUGUGGCAUCGUGAGCCUAUGGAAGAAAAAUUGAGGUUCCAACGUAUGGCCGAUGAUGCUAAAAUGGAACACAUGAAAAAAUACCCAGAAUACAAAUACCGUCCUCGUAGACCUCAUGAAAAAAGGCCUUCAAUUGAUACAGUUAGCACGACAGAAACUUGCUUCGACUAUUUCGGUGCUGACGAAUCAAGACGUGGUUCAAUCAUAUCACUAAACGAUUUUGAUUAUGCCAUGGAUUAUUAG